UGCUGUAUGUCUGCGCCCUUUGAGCCGGCGUCUCACUUUCGCGUCCUCGCAGCGCUUGCCGGGGCGGCCAUGUGGGUGUACGCGCUCGUGGGCGCGCUCCUCCUCCUCCUGGGCAUUUGGAGAGCUCUGGGCACCCGGAGCGGCUCUUCCAACCCUUUCCGGGCAGAUUCCAGGCGGCCGCCCGCGCCUCUGGUGACCGACAAAGAUGCGCGCAGAAAGGUCCUCAAGCAAGGCUUCUCCAGGGACAAAGUUCCUGGCAAUCUGGACGCCGUCGUCAUUGGAAGCGGCUAUGGGGGCCUGGCAGUGGCUGUGAUGCUCUCUAAAGCUGGGAAGCGUGUGCUGGUCUUGGAGCAGCAUGGGAAGGCAGGAGGCUGCUGCCAUACCUUCAGCGAGAAAGGUUUCGAGUUUGACGUAGGGAUCCAUUACAUAGGGCAAAUGCAAAAGAAUUCUUCCCAGCGCAUGAUUAUUGACCAACUCACGGACGGGCAGCUCCAAUGGGCCCAGAUGGACUCUCCCUUUGAUAUGGUGAUUCUGGGAGAUCCUGACAGCUGCAAGAGGUAUUACCUAUACAGUGGGAAGAAGAAAUAUACCGAAGGCCUAAAGAAACAAUUUCCUGGUGAAGAAGCUAAUAUUGAUAGAUUUGUGACACUUAUAAAGAAAACUGCCAGAGGGAGCGCCCACAUGGGGAUUGUGAAAAUGCUCCCCAUGCCCUUGGUCUGGUUUGUGCACCGCACUGGCCUGCUGGGCUGGAUCUCUCCUUUCUUUAGAAUGUCAGUCAAAAGUCUUUCACAAGUGGUGGCUGAGCUGACGGCAAAUGCAGACCUGAGAGCAGUCUUCAGUUAUAUCUUCCCUACCUAUGGGGUGAUUCCUGCAGAGUGCAGCUUCCCUUUGCACGCAAUCCUUGUCGAUCACUUUUCGGAAGGUGGCUGGUACCCUCAGGGAGGCUCCAGUGAAAUUGCAUUUCACUCCAUCCCCAUCAUUGAACGCGCCGGAGGGGCUGUCCUCACCAAGGCACCCGUGCAGAGCAUCUUGGUGAACUCGCAAGGGAAAGCCUGUGGUGUAAGCGUGAAGCAAGGUCAGGAUCUUGUUAACGUCUAUGCCCCUGUUGUGAUUUCUGAUGCUGGCAUCUUUAACACCUAUGAGCAGCUCCUGCCAAAGGAAUUGCGAGCUUUGCCAGGUGUUCAGAACCAGAUCUCUAGGAUAGAUCAUGGCAUCGGAGGAUUCUGUGUCUUCAUAGGGCUCAAGGGUUCCAAGGAAGAACUGGGAUUGGAAGCCAAAAACUACUACGUCUACCCACACAACAACCUCAAUGAAGCGUUCACUUCUUACAUUAAUUCUUCAAGAGAAACUGCUCCAGAAAAGAUUCCUUUCCUGUAUAUCGCUUCCUCGUCAGCAAAGGACCCCCUGUGGGAAAAGAGAUACCCAGGCAAGUCCACUCUAAUUGUCCUGACAGCUGCAAAAUACGAAUGGUUUGAGGAAUGGCAGGAAGAAAAGGUUUCUAAGAGGGGAGCGGAGUAUGAGGCCUUCAAAAACAGUUUUGUGGACAACAUAAUGGAAACGGUUUUGAAAGUUUACCCUCAAAUAAAAGAUCAGAUUGCGUGUGUCUCUGCGGGAACGCCUCUCACCAAUAAGCACUACAUAGCUUCUCCGCGAGGAGAGAUGUACGGCAUACACCACAGCAUGGCUCGCUUUCAGCCGGACUUCAUGGCAACAAUACGACCUCAGACCCCUGUCCCAAACCUCUACCUUACAGGUCAAGAUGUCCUUUUAGCUGGUUUCCCGGGAGCCCUUCACGGAGCCCUUCUCUGCGCUUCUGCUGUCCUGGAACGUAAUCUCUACAUCGACUUAAUGUGGCUAUGCAAAAAAAUCAAAGCCAGCGAUGGCGAAAAGGAAAACUAAGCCUUCGGUCUCUACCUCGCAAAUGAGAUUUGCACCUCCCUCCUGCCUUACUGGUGAUCUGAAAGCUGCUUGCUUGUCUAUGUUCUUCAUGUCCCCAGCAGGGGAUGCUAACUGGUGCCUUGGUGUUUUU